GAUCAAUGAAGGGUUGUUACUCUGCCGACAGAACGACCCUCAUGAAUUAGAACGAGACCAACCUAUGAGGGAGAAAAGCCACCAAAACAACGCCCCUGGACCGGUUUCUGGUGUCUUUGUUUCAAUCAAUGAAAACACAGGAACCCCUCCCCAUGGCUGGGAUGAUACUGUGUGUGCUUAUUCUAACUCUGAUUACAUUAGCUGCAUUGCUACAUGUCACUCUACGACAUGGUGGUGUAUCUAAUAUGGAGGAAC